AUGAUUGACCCAUACCCAUUGGUAAAAAGGUUUUACGAAUUACCAUGGAUUCUAUAUAUUCUUGUUUGCAUUGCGUUCACUUAUUCAGUAUCGAUAGUAAUACACACGGAUUAUGCUGCACCAGUAACGGAAGAUAUCUUAGUAGGUAACUCUUGGGAUACUUGUGAGCUUCCAAGGUAUGAUGUGUGGGAUGAAGAGUUAUUUGGGUAUUUGAAUCCGAACGAAAAUCCGUUAAAAAAGUGUGAUACAUCAUUUAAACCAUUAACAAAGCUCGAAAACUCAAAAUGGGGUGUAACUUUUGCUCACAACCUUACAUGUCGCGCGAGAUGUCACACUAGAAAAAGGGACAAGGAAAAUUUAGUGGGAAAUUGGACAUAUACCCCAGGCAAAAUAAAUUGUGAGAUCCUAGAAACAGUUUGUGCGGAAAAGGGAGGUGAACAACGAGACGUUUAUGGAUAUUUGCAUUCACAGAUAAUUCCAACUAAACCAAAAUUGUCGAGAACGAAUGCAGAUUUGAAAGAAUAUGACGUUUUCGUGAUUCUUCUUGAUUCACUGUCGUAUUCUCAAGCUGCAAGAUCUCUUCCACGGACUGUGUCAUUUUUUAAAAGUUAUAUGAAAGGUAUAAUUUUUCCUUAUAUGAACAAAGUUGGCGAUAACAGCAGACCUAACGGAGUUGCUCUUUGGUUUGGAAAACUAUUGGAAAAAGUUGACAGAUUCAUUUUUGAUAAACCAAGCCUAGAAGCUGAUUGGACUGACGACUACUUUUGUAAUGUUUUCAAAGAUAAUGAGACUUCACUGUUUGAUGAAUUCAAAACUCAUGGUUACAAGACGUUAAUGGCAGAAGACUGGGCGCUAGGAACUUUAAUUUGGCCUAAUUGCCUAGGAUACCGUAACCAGUCAAUUGAUCAUUACAUGAGGCCGUUCCAGUUAGCUCAUGAAAAAUACGGAACACCAGUCACUAGAGAGCAUCUGAAUGGAAGUUUAUGCAGGGAAGAUCAUAAUACUCUUCUGGACUACCUUGCCCAAUUUUUAGAUGCCUACUCAGGUAGUAAUGACAGUAUUCAGCUUAAGAGAGAAAAAUCUCCAAAUAGUCCUGAUCAGAGAAAAUUUGCUUUUCUUUGGACCACAAGGCUUGGCCAUGCUACUGAAAAUGGAUUUGAUGCUACUGAAAAUGGAUCAGAUAAUGAUUUCCUGAAUUUCUUCAUCAAGCAUCGGAAAAAGUUAGAAGAUUCCUUUGUGUUACUCCUUGGGGAUCAUGGAUUCAGACUCGGUGGAGUGAGAAAUACAGCAGUCGGAGCCAUCGAUGUCAAUAACCCAUUGACAGCGAUUUCUGUACCAAACUCAUUACGAACCAACACUGAUAUUUUGAAGAUUUUGAAUAUGAAUUCUGAAAAACUUCAAACCCAUUUUGAUACAAGGGCAACUAUAUUAGACAUUUUGAAGUUCCAACCCGCUGAAAAGUUUUCUGCCAUAACUCCAUUACAAAUUCCUGGUGAGAAAGGACAAUCGCAUCUUAGAAACCAACCACCUUUCAACCGCAAUUGUCAAACUAUGCCUAUACCUUUCGAAUAUUGCAUUUGUCAAUUCAAUAAAACUUCAGUACCUAUAAAUUCUACCAUUUCCAUGGAAAUCGGUGAAAAAGUAGCUGAGAAUGUAAAUAAACUUCUACAAAUUAACAAUUUCACCUCUGAAUGUAUCUCUAUGGUGUUUGAAAGGACGGAAUCUCUGCUGCAAUACAACCAGAAACUGGGAAAUUCUACCAUAUACACAGUCAUCGCUCAGAUGAAAAAACCAAGUGAAGCUAAAUUUAAAGCAACUGUGAAAAUCACUGAAGGAAAUAUCAAGAUUGUGAGCAAAGUCGAACGUGUCGAUUCCUAUGGAAAAACUGCUGAUUGCAUAGAAUCGGAAACACAUCGGCCAAUCUGUUACUGUAAAGAACAACCUAAACAAUGUUCUUGGACUAGAUUGAAUUUUGAGUUAUUUGUUAAUUAA